AUGGGAGCCAGUAUGUCCCGGGGAGAUGUCGCUGUGGAGGGCAAAGCUGCGGCUGAUCCUGCUGCUGCCAAAGCCAAUGGCCAGGAGAACGGCCAUGUGAAGACUAAUGGAGAUGUGUCGGCCAAACCCGACGGGGAGGCUGCUGCGGAUGGGAACGGCACUGCUGAGCCAGCCAAAGAGGGAGAGGAGGGCACCGGGGACGCCAUCGAGCCCGCCCCUGCUGCUGAAGGCGAGCCGGCCAAGGCGGAGGGAGAGCCCGUUAAGGAGAAGAAGAAGAAAAAGUUCUCUCUGAAGAACUCCUUCAAGUUCAAGGGCAUCUCUCUGAAGAAGAGCAAGAAGGGCAGUGAAGAGGGCAAAGAGGAGGCCACCUCGCCCUCGACUGAGGACAAGCCAGAGGAGAACGGCCAUGCGGCCAAAGAAACCAAAGAGGAGACACCAGCCGCCGCUGAGCCCAAGGAGGGAGAGGAGGCAGCAGCUGAGGCUGCUCCAGAGGCCGAGGCCAAGCCUGCGGAGGAGGCCCCUCCCACAGAAGCAGCCCCUGCUCCAGAGGCCCCUGCUGAGGACACGACACCUGCAGCUUCUGAGCCCGAGGCCAAGGCAGAGUGA